AUGUCAAAGGCCCACAUGAGUGAAAGACGAGUGCUGUUUAUUAAUGAUCGAUAUUCAGAGUUUGUGUGUGUUGUUUAUAUUUUAGCUUCAGGCCGCUCCAGAUCCAGGAGUGUUGCUUUCACCCAGACAUCAGCUCUGGACGCAGACACACGUGAUGGCACCACUGAGCUUCCUGGUUAUCUGGCUCCUCUGUCUUCUGAGUUGGCAGAUUCUGUGUCCACUGACCAGAGGAAGAGGAAGAGGAGGAGGAGCAGCAGCCAGCAAACGGCGUCCACCUCGUCCAGAAGACCACCAGCCAAACGCUCUCGCAGAGAUGUGUAUGCGAAGGGCCCGUUGCUGGGACGAGGUGGAUUCGGCUCUGUGUUUGCUGGGAUCCGCAGGUCUGAUGGACUGCCAGUGGCCAUCAAGUACGUGUCUAAGGACCGGACGCACACCAGACUGAAAGUUGACGGUCAGGGUCGUCUGCCGCUGGAGGUGGCAUUGAUGAUCCGCGUCACUUCAGCUCCUGCCUGCCCCAGUGUCCUGCAGCUGCUGGACUGGUUUGACCGUCCCAGACGCUACGUCCUGAUCCUAGAGCGUCCGGCUCCUUGCCAAGAUCUGCAGAGCUUCUGUGAGGAGAACGGCUGUCUGGACGAGCGUCUGGCCAAGAAAGUGCUGGUGCAGCUGAUCGCGGCGCUGAAACACUGCGAGAGCCGCGGCGUCCUGCACCGGGACGUCAAGCCAGAGAACCUGCUGAUCUCCACAGAGUCCCAGGACAUCAAGCUGCUGGACUUUGGCUGUGGAGAUCUGCUGAAGCGCUCAGCCUACAAAUACUUUGCUGGCACUCCUGCAUACGCUCCUCCAGAGUGGUUCCGCAGACAUCGCUAUAAUGCGACUCCAGCUACAGUCUGGUCAGUAGGAGUGACCCUCUACAACAUCCUGUGUGACCGUUUCCCCUUCAGAGGCGCACGGAGGGUCACGUCCAAAAGCAGACUGAUCUUCCCUAGAAAGCUGUCAACAGAGUGCCGUCACCUGAUUCGCUGGUGUCUCAGUGCAGCACCAGCAGAUCGGCCCAGUUUAGAUGAUAUUGAGCGCCAUCCCUGGUCCAUGAAGGUCCAGUCUGCAUGGUGUCUGGCUGUGUUCCUGAUGCUUCUGAGGUCCAUGAAGGUCCAGGCUGCAUGGGUGACUGACUGUGUUCCUGGUGCCUCUGUAGCUCUGGUCUGCAUCAAGUCUGCCUGA